GCAUAGAGCGGUAGUACAACGUCAUGUCGUCACACGCUCAGUCUUGUGUUGGUCGCAACCGCUUCCACUUUCGUUUUUGUUGUCUUACAUUUUCGCGACGAAAGGCUGGCAAAUUCGGUGAACAUGCGUAUGUCUCUUGGAAAAAUCCAAAUGGAUUAAAUGAAAGAACCAUGUUAAAUCGUGAUUGUCGAGUAUUUGGUGUUUUAGUGGUAGCCUCUUUCACCUGCGUCACAGAUUGUGUGGAGUCUCAGGCUUUCCUGAGGACACAGUAAUGAACCCAGAACAACGCAUGGGUGCAUCAGGCUCAGAGGAUGGUGAGCUGUACUUGUCAGAGAAUGACCUGACAGGCAAAGUACCCUCAGCCCCUCCUCUGGCUCUGGGCACAGCUGUGUUACACGCCAGGGUGAAAUGGCCAGAAGGGCAUAUACCAAGGAAGGACUUUGCUCUAAGGAAAGCUCUUCAGACAUGGCUAAGAAAGGACUUGGGCUCUGCAGUGGAAAUAGAAGGCUUGCAGCUUGAGGAUACCACGGAGUGGGCUACGGUUGAAAUAUAUCCAUCAACAGCUCUUGACAUAGUUCUGGACCAGCAGUUUGCACAGUUAAAGUUAAAAGACUCCCGAGUCAUCACUGUAGAGUUUCACAGAGAUAAUUCACAAUCAGUGACUUCAAUAAAAGACCCAGAGCAGCAUGCAGUAACUGAGACAGCCACCUCUACAUCAGAGGAGAUCACUCUCCCAGUGGCCCUGACCAUGGCAAUUGAUGUGCAGAAGUUGGCGCCUGACAUUCAGGAACAUUUAGUUGAAAAAUUCAGCAAAUUCAACUCAGGUGCCAACACUUUCACAAUGUCAGGAAGUUUACCAGACGUGGAUGAAUUCUUCACAGAAUUCUGCAGCACUAUAAACCCCAAGACAAAUGUAAGGGGCAGUGCUUUACAGAGCACACUAUCCAAGGCGAACAGUCACAUGACAGUCCCCCUUGCUCAUUAUUGGUACAUGAAUCAAGUGCACAGAAAUGAGAUGGAAAGGCUACAGCAAAAAUAUAGAGUCAGAAUCCACAGUGACGUCUCUAUGCAUGUUGAAGCUGACAAGGGUGCCACCAGUGACUCACUAGCAAAUGCUUGUCAGGAAUUUGCUGAACUUUUCCAAAGGUGCUCUUAUAAUCUUGAGACAAUUUCCCUACAAAGUGUGCACCAAGAUCCUACAGUCAUGAUUGAUUUCAUGAAGGACAUUUUGAGAGAGGAGAGAAAGUUAAUGCUCAAUGUGUCUGCUCAGAACUGGAGCCUCUUUGGGCCAGAAGAAAACAUUUCCACAGUACAGAAAAUAAUGGAUGUAAAAGCCAACAUGGAUGAUCUCAGAGUGAAGACCAAAGGAGGCAAUCCCAAAAGUACAGCCUCAAAGGAGCUACACAAAGAAUCUGAGGGGAAUAAACAAAGAGAAGUCCAAAUGCCUCAUGCAUCUGUCCAGAACGUCGAAGAGCGUGUAAAGGUCAGUUAUCCUACUGCAGAGAAGCCCCCCAAGAAAGUGUUGCUUAAAGAAGUUAAAUCGGAUGCUCUCAUUGACCCUCUUUUGACCGAUGGGAUUCUCAUGAAUGACAUCCACUGGGAGAUAAUGACGAAUACUUUCAAGAUGCAAAUAGAAAGCAUUAAGACUAGAUUUGGAGUGGCUCUGAUGGAGAACAGGUUAAAGGACAGUGUUACAGUCAGAGCUGUAGGGAAUCGUGCGAGUCUGGAGGUGAAUGCUCUCAGGGCAUUGAUGUCUCUUUACCAAAAGGUUGUCACGAGAGCUAUGUGCUGCCCUUUGCAAAAUGUAUCCCUCCUUCAAACAGAGAAGGUAAAAAUGCAUCUAAGUGACGUCCAUGAACAGAACCCAUCUCUUGCUGUCAAGGAAGGCUCUGGUAGCAAUGGAGUCUGGAUGCUGAUUGGCCUUCCAGAUCAUCUAUGUUUCGCAGUAAGAGAAAUCGAGAAGAAGCUUGGUGGACCUGUCUUUGACGAAAAACACAAGGACAUGAUUGGAUUUGACCGACAUACUGAAUUCCUGAGACCGUUUUCUGAUUUACCAGCAUGGAAUGGAUCAGAGGGUUAUGAAGAAGUGCAGUGGGGAAAGGGAGCAGCCUCUGGGGAGGCAAUUUAUGAAGAUGUUGAAGAGCCAAGGGGAGCAGAUAGAGGCGUUUUAGAAGGGGUAGGGAGUCCAUUUCUGGGAAAAGAAAUAUUGAAAGGAGGAAAUGGAUCAAAGUGGGACAAAGAAGAUGUGUGUAAAAAGGUGUUUCAAAAAGUUGAAGGAGACCAGCCAGAUGGAACAAUGACACACUUAAUCAAGAAAUCCACACUUCCUGGGUUUAAAAGAUGUGACACCAUCGUAAUUACCUAUCAUAUUCCCAGCGGCAUUCAGUCGAGAAAUCAUCCCAACCCAGGCAGACGUUUCAAAGGGGCUCACCUAACAGCAUACUUACCUGCCAUUAGAGAAGGACGGGAAGUGCUUCAACUGCUAAGGAAGGCCUUCAAUCAGAAAUUGGUCUUUACUGUUGGGACCUCACAAACAGGAGGGGGUGAUUAUGUGAUCUGGAAUGGCAUCCAUCACAAGAUCAACACUCAUGGUGGACCAGAAAGUGGCGGCUACCCAGAUGAUAACUACUUAAUAAGAGUAAGGGAAGAACUCCGAGCGAAAGGCAUUGAGUGAAGAAUCCCACGGCUCAACUCAUAACCCAGAAGAAUUAAUUCAAAUGCAUACUUUUUCAUAUAAUGUACCAGAAUCUGUAAUGUGGAAUUUAAGCUAAAAUUUUGGCAGGACUCAUCUAGACAGUCUAGAGGACGCAUGUCAUUCUUCACAGAGAUGUGACCUCUAGACAGUCACCUCCACAACACUAGGUUAAAUCAUAAUAGUAAUAUAAUCUGUUCAGAUUCAGAGUAUAUUUUGUUAAUAUUAGGGCUGUCAAAAUAACUGAUUAAUUUCGAUUAAUUAAUUUGAGAAAAAAUAACUGAUUAAAAAAAAUAGUGCAGAUUAAUCGAUUCCG